GGAACCCACGGAAUUUACCGCCGGAAGUGCAGCGGCCAUCACCAAAGAGUGUGGGCCCGGCUCGCUAGCUAGAGGGGCUCGCUUCCGCCCCGCUACCGGGUGGGGGGCGGCCAUUUUAGCUGAAGAAACACAUUCUGGAAAUAGCCAUCUCAGUAUCAUGGCCAGCAGCCUUAAUGAAGAUCAAGAAGGAAGCAGAAUCACUUAUGUGAAAGGAGACCUUUUUGCAUGCCCCCAAACAGUCCUAGCCCACUGUAUCAGUGAGGAUUGUCGCAUGGGUGCUGGGAUAGCUGUUCUCUUCAAGAAGAAAUUUGGAGGGGUGCAAGAACUGUUAAAUCAGCAAAAGAAAUCUGGAGAAGUGGCUGUUCUGAAGAGAGAUGGGCGAUAUAUAUAUUACUUGAUUACAAAGAAAAGGGCUUCACACAAGCCAACUUAUGAAAACUUGCAAAAGAGUUUAGAGGCCAUGAAGUCUCAUUGUCUGAAGAAUGGAGUCACGGACCUCUCCAUGCCCAGGAUUGGGUGUGGUCUUGAUCGUCUACAAUGGGAAAAUGUAUCUGCCAUGAUCGAGGAGGUAUUUGAGGCAACAGACAUCAAAAUUACUGUGUAUACACUCUGAACAGAUGAACAUCUUAGAUGUGUCCAUGUUCUCCUGUAUCAUAUCUUCUGGGCCAUAUGACUAGGCAAACUGACCUGAAGAUGGGCAGAGGAAAGUUUCAUGUGAAGUAGUUGGUGUCACAGGACAGACUUGGGUUGCUCUAUUCCAGUAUUUGCACUAGGACUCUGGAAGAGGGAUUGCUUUGGAUAUGUUUUGAUAUUUUUGCAAAAAGGUAAGGAGUAAGUGGCCUGAUAUGUAUUAGUCAGGGCAACCAAAUAGUUGGGCCUAUGAUCUGUUUUGCUCCUGUAGGCUACUUGGUUUCGCAGCCACUAGGUGGCAGCAUUGAUUCUACUUCUCUGCUUUUUAAGAGAAAUUUCAGGAAGGAUGAUCAUUUUAGUUAGUUUGGAAUCUUUUGUCAUUUGUAAACUGAACUUGGUAUUAUCCUUAUGUCAUCACAUUCACCCUAGGAGAGAAUUACAGGUUAUCUUGCUUUUGUUUUAAUUACGAAUUGAAUUCUGCAUUGUUAACCAGGAAUUUGUGGUGACAGAAAUGGAAAAAUAAACCUUUUUUUCUUGGGGUUCGUUGAGAUUCUAUGCUCAUAUCUAUACUGUUCUUGAGUUGGGUAAUGGAGGAUUCACCUGUAACUUAAUUUUGAAGAGUUAGAUGAAGGGUCCAGUGAGGGAGCAAGUAUGAGUAGCAAGAUGAGAAAUAAGAGGUAAAAAUGGACAAGAUCUAUGGAUCAAAAUAGUUAAAAGGCAGGCGGCUUUUAGAACUACUCAUGGUGAAUUCUUACUUUCUUCUGUCCACUGCAUGGUUUCUGUGAUUGAAUCUGUCUGAAUUUAAUCAUGAAAACAAAUGAAAUAAUAUAUGCUAAGAGCCCAGCAUAGUGCUUAGCAGAGUAGUGACUCAGUAAAUCAGUAAUUCCUGACA